CAUCAUCAGAAAAUUUAGUCGCAAUUCGCAACAGAUAGCAAAUCGUGUGUCAGCCAUACUACUUUUCUCGACAUGCCCACAGAACUCGAAGAGCUUGUGGGGUUCAUAGCCCAUCCAAAUCCCCAAAUCCGGCUGCUUGCUGUUGAAAAUCUUGUGCCUUACUCAACAGCGCAACCUUCGGUCUUCAAAACGGAUGAGCUUAAGCCUAUCCGCCAUCUAAAACUCUUAGUCCGAGACCAACCUAAAAUAGCCGAGCAUGUCAUCACGAUCCUCAUUAACCUUUCCGCUGAUGGCGAAAUCCUCGAAAAUCUUGCAACCGACGACAAGUUCCUUGAAGUGGUCCUAGACCAUGUGACUGACCGAUCCGAGCCCAAUGCAAACCUCCUGUCGAUGCUACUCGCCAAUCUGGCAAAGUGGGAGUCACUUAAGCGAAUAUUAGACCGAAGGCAAAGCUGUCCCGACGGUCUGGGAUCGGACGAUCUGACAUUAAACCAACUCCUUGAUCUUUUUGUUAAGGGGUCUGACGGGACAUACAACAAGCAUGCCGAUUUCGACUAUCUCGCAUACUUGUUCGCAGAUCUCGCGAAGCACGCUGAGAUCCGCCAGUUCUUCAUCAAGAAGCAGGCAUAUGACGACGUCAUUCCGCUGACCAAGUUAAAAGUAUUCACGGAGCACAAGUCAGACGUACGGAGAAAAGGGGUGGCGAGCACGAUCAAGAAUGUCGCCUUCGACAUCCCCUCCCAUCCUUCGUUUUUGGCCGUGGAUGAGAUCGAUAUUUUGCCAUAUAUCCUGCUGCCCAUCGUUGGCGGGGAGCAAUACGACGAAGAGGAAACCCUGGCGAUGCUGCCAGACCUACAGCUCCUGCCGCCAGAUAAACAAAGAGAUUCGGAUCACAAUAUCAUCCAGACACAUGUCGAGACGUUGACGCUUCUGACAAGCACCAGGGAAGGCCGGGAUCUAAUGAGGGAAGUCAGUGUGUAUCCGAUUAUCCGAGAAACCCAUCUCCAGGUCGAGGACGAGGGUGUUCAGGAAGCCUGCGACCGGUUGGUGCAGGUUUUGAUGAGGGACGAAGAGGAUCCUGAGGGUGCGGCACGUGGGGAGAUUGAAGAUGACGAGGAUAGGAUAGUUGAAGUCUGAUGCAGCCACGCUGUGCAGUGUGGGCUGAGUGUUGGUUUGCCUUUCCGCGGGUGUGACGGAUUAAUGCUUGUCAGUGACAUGACAUUGGCCGAACAGCGUCUCCAUCACAGCCCACCUCGGUAUCCUCUAUGGGUAGAGGUGGAUCUAGC